CACUCUGUUUAUUAUUACGGAUAUGAUUUCCAUGUAAUUCCAUAAUUUUUGUCCCCAAAAUAAUUAACUAUUAAUGUUAAUUCAAGUAAUUAUUUUUGUAGUUUCGGCAAAGACGCGGCGGGGGGUUGCAAGCGGUUUGACAAAUUUUGGUACGUGUGCCGUGUGGAGCAUCGCACUAUAAGCAACCUGCGUGACGCUUCACUUUGCGCGAAACUAGGUUUGGAAAGAAAGCGGAAACGACUGAGGGCGUAUUGAAAAUGAGUAAAAGGGACAACAGCGCCGCAGUCAUUCUCGCCUACCUGAAUGCCAAGAACCGUCCUUACAGCACCCAGGAUGUCUUCUGUAACCUACAAAAACAGCACGGAUUGGGCAAAACGGCGGUGGUCAAAUCCAUGGAGCUGCUGGCUCUCGAGGGCAAGAUAAAAGAGAAAACGUAUGGCAAACAGAAGAUUUAUUUUGCUGAUCAGGCUCAGUUUAAAGAUGUGAAUGACGCAGACCUGAAGGGCAUGGACAGUCAAAUCUCAAACCUCAACGAGGAGAUGCAGGCCCUCAGCCAAAGCUGCAGACAGCUAGAUGCAGAGCUGAAGGAUCUCAACAACAGCCUGACAACGCAGGAAAUGACAUCACAGAUCACCAGGCUGAGAGACGAGUGUUCGGUAUGCCGCGAGCGUCUGGACAAGAUAAAGUCGGUCGCCACUCACGUCACGCCCGAGGAAAAAGACAAGGUUUUGAAAGAACACAACAUUUAUGUGAAAGAGUGGCGGAAGAGGAAGAGACUGGCUUCGGAUAUGAUGGACACAAUCCUGGAAGGAUAUCCUAAGAGCAAGAAAGAGUUCCUGGAGGAGGUUGGCGUGGAGACGGACGAAGACUACAAGGUGGUCGUUCCAACUGUGUGAAAGCCAGUUUGCUGUACUUGAAAGAAUGUAGCAAACAACCCUGGACCCUGAUUAAGAAUAUAUGUUGGAUUUUGUACACUUCUUUUUGUUCUUAUUUCAGUUAAUCUUGCUGUAUUUAAGAUGUACUAUGUGUGACAUCGUGUUUAUUUCCCCAUUCACUAUUACUGGCAAGCUUAUAACAUUUUCCGGAUGCAUCAUUUAGUCAAGGAAAAAAUGGUUGCUGUAUCUUGUCUGUUUCUGUACAAUGUUUAAAAAAUGUAGACAGCUCACUUCAUUAUUCUAGAAACUUUUAUUUCACCAAGAAAGAUUGUCAAAUAAGGAAUUAUCCUGGUCAUGACAGAAAGCAGCAGCACAUUGAAAAACAAAACUAACAUACAGUGCAUAUAAUCAGUAAGAAACAAUAAGGGCACAAUGUUUUGGUUUGCCUAAAAUAAAUAAGGAGAGGGGCAGUUCAAAACCAACUAACACACCAAAGUCCUGGACUAGUGUGGCGGUGAUACAUACUACUCAAAAAAAAUAUCAACUGCAUUUAGAUUUGUACUGAUACAAAAUGAGCAGGAGUGAUCUGGGAUAGACCCCUGAGGCACGCCAUUGGUUAAACCAGAGCUCGAGGCAAAUUGUUAAGUCUGUUUACACUGUCUGUCUGUGAUAGAGGUAUCAAACCAGAACAAAUCGAGAGGUGAGAAGUCUUUGUUUCGGUACACCAUGAGGCAUAAUAUCAAAUGCUUUAGAUAAAAGAAGGCUGCUGUGUUGCUUGUCUAUAAAAUAUUUGGCUACUUUGAGAACUGCUUGCUUUUCAUUUGUGUGUUUUAACAUGGAAAUUUGAAAGAAAGAAAAGUCAUUUCUGAUUAAAACAUUUGUAGUGAUU